AUGUCGCGCAAAGAAGAUUCGAAGGCCAAAGAUGCCGUGGUUAGCGUCAAUGUCGAGGAUUACACUAAGACCCGCGACAGUUCCAACUCCAACUCGUCGCGGUCUGCCCUCCCCGCCCGUGACCUCGUCGCGAGUAUCGCUCGUGCUACUUCUUCCAUUCAUGGCGCCACUUCGGGUGUUCACGCCGUCGCCACGUUUCCUAGCGACCAGGCCCAACUGACAUACACCCAGGUCAUCAUCAGCCUGGCGCAACUGCAGUCCGCCGUCUCGGACCUGUCGCGCGCCUACAUCAACCACACCAACUCGGUCCUGAACCCUGGCUCCUCCAGCAUUGACUUCGGAGGUCUCACCAGCGGAAUCACCAACACCCUCUUCGAAAGUGGCCUCCUGGGCGCUCGUCCUACCAGCCCCGGCGCCAAGUCGGAGGUGGGCGAGAAGAAAAAGCGCAAGCGCGCUCCUCCUGACCCCAACGCCCCCAAGCGUGCCUUGACCCCGUUCUUCCUCUACAUGCAGCACAACCGCGCCAAGAUUGCGGAAGAACUGGGCUCCGCGGCCAAGCCUAAGGACGUUUCCGACGAGGGAACUCACCGCUGGGCUGACAUGCCCGAUGCGCAGAAGGAGGUCUGGAAGAAGCUGUACGCCGACAACCUUGCCGUCUACAAGGAGAAGAUGAAGGCCUACAAGGCCGGUCUCCCCUUCGGGGAUGAUGACAGCGCCAAGGCUGCCAACCAGCUCCAGCAGGACGUGGAGGGUAUUUCUGCCUCCGGUGCGGAGGAGACCGACGAGGACGACGAAGACGAAGAGGAAGAGGUUCAGGAACCCGAGCCCGAGCCCGAGCAGGAAGAGGAGGAAGUGGAAGAAUCCGAGCCUGAGCCCAUCAAGGAGCCUACUCCCCCGCGCAGCACCAGUGCUAAGCGUCGUCGCAGCGAGGGCAAGACCAAGGAGACUUCCACACCCGUUGUCGAGAAGAAGGAGUCGCCCGAGAAGAAGAAGCGCACCUCUGCCCGCAAGGCGGCCGAGGAACCACCCGCUUCCGCUCGCAAGCCGGCUGCCGACAAGCGCAGCAAGAAGAAGCGCAAGAGCGAGGCCGCCGACGAGUAA